AGGCCCUCGUUCUGCAGCGUGUGGCCGGGUGGACUCCGGGGUGGUGUUUUUCACUCCAGUGUCACUGCGGUGCUUGGGUGGACUGAGUGCUCGGCCAUAUGUUCCAUGCCUGUUACAGAUGGCUGCAGCUGAGGACAGCGCCUCUCCCGGUCUCUGCUGAGCUGUCUCCUUGCAGCUGUUUCUGCUUCUACUCUGAGCUUUGUGCGUGAAGUCACUUUUCCACUUAAACUGAAAUGCCAUUUUAAAAGGAAGACUCCAUCCUCUUUCUUGAAGAUGGGCAAUUCUUACGCCGGACAGCUGAAGACGACGCGGUUUGAAGAGGUCUUGCACAACUCCAUCGAGGCCUCCCUGCGCUCCAACAACCUGGUGCCCAGGCCCAUCUUCUCCCAGCUGUACCUGGAAGCGGAGCAGCACCUCUCCUCUCUGGAAGGUGGUAGCCGAGUGGACAAUGAGGAAGAGGAAGAAGAGGGAGAAGGAGGGCUGGAGCCGAACAGUCUCCCAAAUCCUUACCAGCUGCACCCUCCCCCGGAAGGAUGCUGCACCACAGAUGGGUUCUGCCAGGCCGGGAAGGACCUGCGCCUGGUCUCCAUCUCCAACGAGCCCAUCGACGUCCCUGCCGGCUUCCUCCUCGUGGGGGCCAAGUCCCCCAGCCUGCCGGACCAGCUCCUGGUGUGCGCCGUGGACAGGAGGUUCCUGCCAGAUGAUGACGGCCACAACGCUCUUCUUGGUUUCUCUGGGAACUGCGUUGGCUGCGGGAAGAAAGGCUUCUGUUACUUCACGGAGUUCUCCAACCACAUCAAUCUGAAACUGACCACCCAACCCAAGAAGCAGAAACACUUGAAGUAUUACCUGGUCCGAAAUGCACAAGGGACUCUAACCAAGGGACCUUCGAUUUGUUGGAAAGGCUCAGAGUUCCGAAGCCGGCAGCCCGCGGCCACCACCUGCUCCGCUUCCCUCUUCCCGCUGGACAGCUCGGGGCCUCUGGCUGCCUUCCCCGGUGAGCCCGUGCCUGGGACCAACCCCGGCGUCCUGACCGGAGCUCAGGCAGGGCCGGCCUCUGACCACGCCUCACUGAGUGCAGCAGUGGGUCCAGCUGUUCUCAACGGCAAAGAUUCCCCGAAGCACCAACAGCUGGCGAAGAAUGCCCUGGCGGCCCUGCCGCGGCCCUCCGCCUUAGGUAUCCUGUCAAACUCCGGGCCCCCCAAAAAACGCCACAAAGGGUGGUCUCCAGAAUCCCCAUCAGCUACAGAUGGUGGCUACCCCCCGAGCGGUGGGAGCAGAGCUAAGUAUGAAGGCGCGGGCGUGUCCUGUGCGCCCCAGGUUGGCUUGGUGGGCCCAGCAUCAGCCGUGGCCUCUGGAGAACCAGUGUCUGUUCCUGACAACCUGCUGAAGAUAUGCAAGGCCAAGCCGGUGAUCUUUAAAGGCCACGGGAACUUCCCGUACCUGUGUGGGAACCUGAACGACGUCGUGGUCAGCCCCCUGCUGUACACGUGCUACCAGAAUUCCCAGUCCAUCUCCAGGGCGUACGAGCAGUACGGCGCCUCUGCCAUCCAGCCCAUCUCCGAGGAGAUGCAGCUGCUGCUGACCGUCUACUAUCUCGUCCAGCUGGCGGCCGACCAGGUGCCACUGAUGGAGGACCUGGAGCAGAUCUUCCUGCGCUCCUGGCGCGAGUCGCACCUGACGGAGAUCCGGCAGUACCAGCAGGCGCCCCAGCCUUUCCCGGCCGCGCCCAGCGCCGCGGCGCCCGUGACCCCGGCGCAGCUGCCCUGGCUGGCCAGCCUGGCCGCCAGCUCCUGCAACGACAGCGUGCACGUCAUCGAGUGCGCCUACUCCCUGGCCGAGGGCCUCUCCGAGAUGUUCCGGCUGCUCGUCGAGGGCAAGCUGGCCAAGACCAACUACGUGGUCAUCAUCUGCGCCUGCCGCAACGCCGCCAUCGACUCCUGCAUCGCCGUCACGGGAAAAUACCAAGCCCGGAUUCUUUCCGAGAGCCUUCUCACCCCGGCAGAGUACCAGAAAGAAGUCAAUUAUGAGCUGGUUACGGGGAAGGUGGACUCGUUGGGGGCCUUUUUUAGCACCCUGUGUCCAGAGGGUGACAUUGACAUUUUGCUGGACAAAUUUCAUCAGGAAAAUCAAGGCCAUAUUCCUUCCUCACUCACUGCCUCUGUCACUAAAGCAACAUCUCUGGAUGUCAGCGGGGCACCGGUGUGCACAAGUCGCCACCUGGAGCCGCGUGGCAUCCGGCCGUUCCAGUCGGCCGUGGCACAGAAGCUCCUCUCCCACGUGUGCUCCAUCGCGGACUCCAGCACUCAAGAUCUGGACUUGGGGUCCUUCGAGAAGGUGGACUUUCUAAUCUGCAUUCCACCCUCAGAAGUGACCUACCAGCAGACUCUCUUCCAUGUCUGGCAUUCAGGGGUUUUGCUGGAGCUGGGCCUGGACAAGGAGCACAUGACCAGGCAGAGGGUGGAACAGCACGUUCUGAAGCUCGACAUAGAGGCACAGACAAAAUUUAAGGCCUUUCUGCAAAACUCCUUCCAGAAUCCGCACACGCUUUUCGUCCUGAUCCACGACCAUGCCCACUGGGACCUUGUGAGCAGCGCCGUGCACAACCUCUACUCUCAAGGCGACCCGUCCGUGGGGUGGGUGGACAGACUGCUCAACUGCAGGGAGGUGAAGGAGGCCCCCAACAUCGUGACGCUGCACGUGACGUCCUUCCCGUACGCGCUGCAGACGCAGCACACCCUCGUCAGCCCCUACAACGAGAUCCACUGGCCCGCCUCCUACGGCCACGCGAGUGGAGUGGACUUAUAUCACGAAAGCAAGAAGUACUUCGGGCUGUCAGAGUUUAUUGAAUCCACCCUUUCAGGACACAGCCUUCCCCUGCUCAGAUAUGACAGCUCCUUUGAGGCCAUGGUCACUGCCUUAGGAAAAAGGUUCCCCCGCCUGCACAGCGCGGUGAUCAGGACCUUUGUUCUCGUGCAGCACUACGCCGCCGCGCUGAUGGCCGUGAGCGGCCUCCCGCAGAUGAAGAACUACACGUCGGUGGAGACGCUGGAGAUCACGCAGAACCUGCUCAGCUCCCCGAAGCAGUGCCCCUGCGGCCACGGGCUGAUGGUGCUGCUGCGCGUGCCCUGCUCGCCGCUGGCCGCCGUGGCCUACGAGCGGUUGGCCCACGUGCGCGCGCGCCUGGCGCUGGAGGAGCACUUCGAGAUCAUCCUGGGCUCCCCCAGCUCCGGCAUCACCGUGGGCAAGCACUUCGUGAAGCAGCUCAAGAUGUGGCAGAAGAUCGAGGACGCGGAGUGGAGACCUCAGACGUACUUGGAGCUGGAGGGCCUGCCCUGCAUCCUCAUCUUCAGUGGGAUGGACCCGCACGGGGAGUCCUUGCCCAGGUCUCUGCGCUACUGUGACCUGCGUUUGAUAAACUCCUCGUGCCUGGUGAGAACAGCCUUGGAGCAGGAGCUGGGCCUGGCCGCGUACUUUGUGAGCAGCGAGGUCCCCCUGGAGAAGGGGGCUGGGAACGAGGCCUUGGAGAGUGACGCGGAGAAGCUGAGCAGCACCGACAACGAGGACGAGGAGCUGGGGACGGAAGCAGGCUCCACCUCGGAGAAGAGAAGCCCCGUGAAAAGGGAGCGAUCCUGUUCCCACGACUCCGCGUCCUCGUCCCUCUCCUCCAAGGCGUCCGGCUCAGCGCUCCUCGGCGAGGCCUCGGCCCAGCCCACGAGGCCCCCCCAGAUGGAGCAGGCCAGGUCGCCCCAGCCCUGCGGCCCUUCAGAAGAGGGCAGGGCCCCAGGCGAGAAACUGAGGCCGCGGGCGGGACAGGGGCCAGCACCAGUGCUCAGCAGACACAGUCCCGGGCUGGCGCCUCAGCCUGACUGUGGCCUAAGGCCCGGCUCCCAGAGGGGCGUCCAGGCGUCGGCCACCUCGUCGUCCUCCCAGCUGUCCUCCUCGGGCUCUUCGUCCUCCUCGGUGGCGCCGGCCGCGGGCAUGCUCGUCCUGCAGGCCUCCCAGUGCUCCAUGACCAAGGCCUGCCAGCAGCCACCUGUCGUCUUCCUGCCCAAGCUCGUGUACGACAUGGUCAUGUCCACCGACGGCAGCGGCCUGCCCAAGGCCGCCUCACUCCUGCCCUCCCACUCGGUCAUGUGGGCCAGCUCCUUCCGGCCCCUGCUCAGCAAGACCAUGACUUCCACGGAGCAGUCCCUCUACUACCGGCAGUGGACGGUGCCCCGGCCCAGCCACAUGGACUAUGGCAACCGGGCUGAGGGCCGCGUGGACGGCUUCCACCCCCGCAGGCUGCUGCUCAGCGGGCCCCCGCAGAUCGGGAAGACGGGCGCCUACCUGCAGUUCCUCAGCAUCCUGUCCAGGAUGCUCAUCCGGCUGACGGAAGUGGAUGUUUACGACGAGGAAGAGAUCAACAUCGACCUCAGAGAAGACGCAGACUGGCACUACGUGCAGCUCAGCGACUCCUGGCCAGACCUGGAGCUGUUCAAGAAGCUGCCCUUCGACUACAUCAUUCACGACCCCAAGUACGACGACGCCAGCCUGAUUUGUUCCCACCAUCAGCGUGUGAAGAGCGAAGACGGAGGGCCGUCCCGGAAGCCAGAGGACCUUUACAUGCGGCGUCAGACGGCGCGGAUGAGGCUGUCCAAGUACGCGGCGUAUAACACGUACCACCACUGCGAGCAGUGCCACCAGUACAUGGGCUUCCACCCUCGCUACCAGCUCUAUGAGUCCAGCCUGCACGCCUUUGCCUUCUCUUACUCCAUGCUAGGAGAGGAGGUCCAGCUCCACUUCAUCAUCCCCAAGUCCAAGGAGCACCACUUCGUCUUCAGCCAGCCCGGCGGCCAGCUGGAGAGCAUGCGGCUGCCCCUCGUCACAGACAAGGGACACGAGUACAUCAAAAGCCCCACGUUCACUCCCACAACUGGCCGCCACGAGCACGGGCUCUUCAACCUGUACCACGCGAUGGACGGCGCCAGCCACCUGCACGUGCUGGUGGUGAAGGAGUACGAGAUGGCCAUCUACAAGAAGUACUGGCCCAACCACAUCAUGCUGGUGCUGCCCAGCGUGUUCAACAGUGCCGGCGUGGGCGCCGCCCACUUCCUCAUCAAGGAGCUGUCCUACCACAACCUGGAGCUCGAGCGCAACCGGCAGGAGGAGCUGGGCAUCAAGCCGCAGGACAUCUGGCCCUUCAUCGUGAUUUCGGACGACUCCUGCGUGAUGUGGAACGUGGUGGACAUCGACGGUGCCGGGGAGAGAAGCAGGGAGUUUUCCUGGUCGGAAAGGAACGUCUCCUUGAAGUACAUCAUGCAGCACAUCGAGGCCUCCCCCAACAUCACGCACUACGCCCUGAUCGGCCUGCGCAAGUGGUCCGGCAAGACCCGGCGCAGCGAGGUGCGAGAGCCCUUCUCCCGCUGCCACGUGCACGACUUCGUCAUCCUCAACGUGGACCUGACCCAGAACGUGCAGUACAACCAGAACCGGUUCACGUGCGACGACGUGGACUUCAACCUGCGGGUGCACAGCGCCGGCCUCCUGCUCUGCCGGUUCAACCGCUUCAGCGUGAUGAAGAAGCAGAUCGCGGUGGGCGGGCACAGGUCCUUCCACAUCACGUCCAAGGUGUCCGAGAAUUCCACUGCCGUCGUGCCGGCCCAGUACAUCUGCGCCCCCGACAGCAAGCACACGCUCCUCGCGGCUCCCGCCCAGCUCCUGCUGGAGAAGUUCCUCCAGCACCACAGCCACCGCCUCUUCCCGCUGUCCCUGAAGAACCACGGCCACCCCGUGCUGUCCGUCGACUGUUACCUUAACCUGGGAUCUCAGAUUUCCGUUUGCUACGUGAGCUCCAGGCCCCACUCUUUAAACAUCAGCUGCUCCGACUUGAUCUUUAGUGGGCUCCUGCUGUACCUCUGUGACUCGUUUGUGGGGGCUGGCUUUUUGAAAAAGUUUCAUUUUCUGAAAGGUGCCACCCUGUGCGUGAUCUGCCAGGACCGGAGCUCGCUCCGCCAGACGGUCGUCCGCCUGGAGCUCGAGGACGAGUGGCAGUUCCGGCUGCGUGACGAGUUCCAGACGGCCAAUGCCAGGGAAGACCGGCCGCUCUUUUUUCUGACCGGACGACACAUCUGAAGAAGACACUGGAGCAGGUUUCCUGGAAGAGCGGAGCACUCAGCACCUUGGUGCUGUUGAGGCUAAAGAAAGUUCUAGAACCACGGGAUGUUUGACUGGAGCAGACCCCAGGCACCCUGUGCUGCACAGCCCCUCACAGCGUGCCGAGGCCCAGAGGCCCUGGUCCCCGGAGCCAGGAGGAAGAGGAGGAAGAUGCCUCUGGGGAGGGCAGGACAAAGCCCAGACUCCCGAGUUCUGAAGGGUCAGAUGGCCCUGGGCUGUUUUGAAGUCCAUUUCAUGAAGAACAAAGCUUUGCUUCCUGUCAUGUCACUCACGUGCUUCCAUGGACAAACUAGACUUUUCUUAGUUCUGAAGAAUCUUGGAUUAUUUUGUAGAGGUGCCAGUAUCUCAGGCAGUGGAUGGGAUUUCAGUUAAGUGGGUUUCCCUAUAACCACCUACAAAGCAAUAUUCCAAAGGAACAUUUCAACUGUAAAGGCUGGAGACAAAAAAAUAAGCAGAUCAUUUUUAACAAGAAUUAUUUAAUUGCCUACAAGUUUUUUUUUUUUUUAGAAGCUAGCCCAAAGGCAUCAAAUUUAAUAAAGUAAAACAAAUUGUUUUACUUCAGAGCAAAUAUGAUUCUAUUAAAAUAGCAUAGGGUCAAUACCCUACCUCUUAGAAAGGGCAAAAAUGCAAAGAAGCUUUCUUUAAAAGGGUUCUUUUAUUAGGGAGAAAAUGAGGCUUACAGAGGUUGACCUAAAAUUUGCCUUACAAAGGAAAGAGAACCAAAUUGCUUACUUGCAACCAAUGAUAAACACACCAAAGUGAUAUAAAAUAGUUGAUAAGAACUAGAUAUAUGAUUAUAAUUUAUUGACGCUCGGUUUUCAGUUCCUCGAAUAGCUUGUUUUCUCUUACCAAUGGUUGGUUCCUUCCAAGAGGAUCUCACCUGACUAGAAAAGCAGAGGGAGCAGAAGAGAAGGCUGCAGGGAUGAGUCCCACAGCACUCACCCCUGCACAGCCUGGCAGAACGGGCUGCAGGCCAGCGGUCUAGACGACCACCUAUGGCCCAGACACUGGGCCGGGCGCUUCCAUGGCGAGGUCUUGUUUCAUCCUUUCCACGUGUGAUAGGGGGGAUAGCCAUUCUCAUUUGAAGGACAAGAGGGUUGAGACGCAGAGUGCACCUCACCCAGGUCACGCAGCUGGAAGAGCUAAGAGGCACAGUUCAGACUCCUGGGUCCUGGAUCCUGCAGUCCAGCGUCCCCCACCCCCAAAACCACUCUGCUUUUGAAGUGGCCCAUAGCUUGAAGGAGAAGUUUUAAAGAUAUUAAAAAGUUAACCAGAAUGCAUUCUUAUACAUCUAUCUUAGAUGUUUAUAAGCACUCUAAUGGAUAACAAUCCAAGAAUAAAUGAUUUUAAAAGAUAAUACCAAAGAGUUCAUGUCAAUCUUUUUUUUUUUCCCCCUAAGAAAAAAAGGCCACAAAUACUAAAGAUUUAGAUCAAUGUUUGUAAAAUGAUCACUUUGUAUAAGUCAUUAUUCCUAUUUUGGAAUAAAAACUGACCUCCUUUAGUUGUAUUUGUCUUUUGUAAAUAGCACCUUCUGUGUCAUUCUCCCCAUUUUGUUAGUUAAUUUAAACUUGGAAGAAAAAACCCUAACUAAUAUUCUUGUCUGUUCCAGUCUUAUAAAUAAAACUUAUAGUACACGUA